AUGCCUCCGCCAAUAGGAAGUGUCAUUUCGGGCUUCACCGUCGUUCGCACGGUUGAACAGAUACCAGAGAUAGAUUGCUCCUUGAUCGAACUAGAGCACAAGCUUACUGGUUUUCGAGCGAUCAAAUUGACCCCGCUUCAGGCAAGUUACCCGGAAUUCAGUGCUUCGAUUGGCUUUUGCACUCCUCCAACCUCUGAUACAGGCCUUCCGCACAUUCUCAGCCGUUCUGUUCUUUGUGGUUCCGACCGUUAUCCUCUUCCAGAUCCAUUUGGCCAGCUGUUACAAGGAUCUCUUAAAACGUACCUUAACGCUGGAACCUACGACACAUUUACUCUUUAUCCCUUUGCGUCGCGUUGUGAAAAGGACUAUCUGAAUAUAAUGGCCAUCUAUCUCGACGCGGUGUUCUGUCCUGCACUCCUUCACGACAAGCGAGUCUUUCACCAGGAAGCGUGGUCCAUGCACCUUAUGAGCAAUACGUCAGAGCUGGAGCUGCGAGGCGCCAUCCUUAAUGAGCUAACAGUGGCCUUCUCAGAGCCCAUCCACAUCGCUGUGCACGCUCUUAAGCAGGCUCUAUUCGAUGGAGGCAGUCUCAUGUAUACAUCUAUUGGACACCCUGAUCACAUCGUCACCUUAGAGCCGGAUGAUCUUGUCGAGUACCACAGCACUCACUAUACCAUGGCAAACGGUCGUAUAGCCUACCAUUCUACUCUCCCAUUAGAGAAGGAGCUCUCACUGAUAUAUGAUAGAUAUCUGCAGCCUCUAGAAUCUAUGAGCAGCGAAGAGCUGGCUCCUUACAUUGUUAAAAAGGCCCCUAUUUUAGCAGGCGCUUUACCCAUCAACGCGUGCAUAGAACCAUUGCGCCUCUCUUACCCUAUCGCAAAGGAAUCUCAAGUAGGCUUUCGACAAGGCUAUUUGGUACGUAUGUGGCGUACUUUCAACAUUAACGAAGUCACGCGAACAGAGCGCUUAGCGCUUGACACCCUUUCUGGAAUUUUAUUUGGUGCCACUUCCUCUCCUGUCCUUGCUCAUCUACAGAAGUUGGGCCUUAUUUCAGAACUAUCUGUGGAGACUGAUGAUACUAACUGCCAAGGAUACACAUAUAUUUGUCUUCACGGGUGCGAAUAUGAUGAAGAUUCCACUAGUCGUCUGCGCAGAGAGCUUGAUCGUGUCUUCCUUCUUUUGGAGAAUGAGAAUAGUACGCGAACAGAGCAGGAUCCGCUUUCCGACUAUAUGUUUUAUCUUUCUCCAACCCGAAUCUCGUCAGAGAUGGACAGACUUGAGUUUGAGCUUCGUGAGCAUCAGACUAACUAUGGCGUCAAGGUUCUGACCUCACUUUUCGGCUCUUGGUUCUACAAUGUGACCCCAGAAGAAGAGUUACUGUUUGAAGGGGCAUUCCUAGAGUUACGAGAGAAAAUAGCAGAGGGUACCAUAAGUGUAUAUAUGCGCGAACUCCUUAGAAGAUACUACAUUGACAACAAAGCCUGGAAGGAUGCUAUUUUGACCCCAACACCAGGUCUUGCUGAGGACAUAGCAGAAGCCAAGCAAAGAGAGCUCCAGGACAAAAAGAGUAUGAUGUCAGAGAAGGAGAUAAACGGCUUAGUUGCACAAACACUGGCUGUACUCAAUCGCUCUAAUGAAGUCGACGAGAAGGUGCUCAGGGAGUUUCCUCAGGUCUCGGAAGCAGACCUAGUCUCUCUUGAAGAUGACUACUUGCAGCUACGCAUAUUUUCUCGAUCGCUUUCCAAACACAAUAGCCCAGGAGUUCACCUUAAUGAUGUCCCCAUAAACGUGUAUAAUACAGGAAGUCUGGGAAAUGGAAUUGUUCACUUUAGUAUGUUUAUUGACGUCUCUGAACUGGUGACCUUUGAAGAGGCGCCUUUGAUCUCUUUCUUAGCAGGUGCGAUGCUCGGAAAUGUCAGUACAGAGAACUAUGAAUCUCCGGAGCAGCUGCAGCUAGCAAUUAGCAAUGUCCUAGGAAAGUUCCGCGUCUCUAUGGAGUAUCGUUAUUCAACCGUACACACACUGAAUGCGUCAGAAACAUACCCACGUGCCUAUAUAAGGAUAGAUGCUUCAUUCUUAGAAAGCAAAACGGAUCAGGCCCUUCACCUUAUACUCAGCGAAAUCUGGCAAAAGUCAAUGGUUGGAUUGGGCAAUCUGGAGCUAGUAUUCAAGAUACUUCACAGCCAUAAGGAGCAAAUGGAGAGCCACUUCUUACAGAAAAUGGGCUACUACAUCGCUUACACGCGUGCCAUGGCACUAUCUGGGAGUAUCGGGGCCAUCUAUGAUGAGUAUGUUAAUGGGAUCAAUUAUCUGGAAUACCUGAAGAAGACUUUGCUGGAGCCCCCGGCUGACUCCGAAAUUUCCUCCGCCAACGGACUUGAUUUUGAUGAGGAAUGCAUCAAGCAUAAUGUAUACACAUUGACCGAUGAUGAUUUGAAGAUAGCUAUUGUUAUGUCAAGGAAGCUGAAGAACAUGUAUGCAAGGCUUCUGCAAAGGCACACAUCGAUUGCUGUUUGUAUUGGCUUAAAUGUCCCUGAACUUGAACCCUUCAUGAAUAAGCGCAUUAUCACCAGCAAUACGCAAGCCGUGGUAGAUAAAAUUAUUAAUGGGCUGCUAAUAGUUCAAAAGCUUCAAGCUAUUAUACACGACAAAUACUCAACACAUACUUACGAUAUAAACAAGUGGAAUAUGAAGCCAGACAUAUUCCCAAUAACUGAACAUGCCGCGCACUUUCUAACUACCCCGGUCAAGUUGCAUAAGAAGGACUUGUGCCCCCCAGAAAAGGACUCUCAGCGCUUCCUCAAAAUGGAACAAGACAUACAGCAUAGGAUGCUCUCUGUGGCGGCUCCCGUCAACGUUAAUUAUGUUGCUCGAAGUGGCCGGCUUCCGUUGACAGAGCUGACUGGUGCGGAAUUAUUGCUUUUGCAUAUCAUCACUUACGAUUAUCUUGCAAAAAAGAUACGAAUAGAAAAUGGAGCUUGUGGCUGCUUCUUUAUUUUAUCCAGAUCACGCUGGUCCUAUCUAACAACAUACUUAGAUCCUCAAUUGGUAGAAACAAAGAAGGUGUUUGAUGAGAUUAAAGAAUAUAUCGACCGCCUUACCUUAACUGCUGAAGAGCUUCUUUUCUUCAAAAUAGGCGCCGUCGGUAAGCGCCAAAUGGAUUUGGCCCCGUUAGUUCGCUUUACCCAGGCCGUUGACUACUGGUUAGAAGGCAACAGUGUUAACGAUUACAGAAGAGCUGUUGGCCAAAUUCGUCGCAUGACCAUUAAUGACCUUAAGAGUGCUGCUGUUUCAUUUGAAGCCGUUAUCUCUGGUCAAACUGUUGUUUUUGGAAAGGCAGACGAUGUAAGACAGGCAGCUGAAGAAGGAAUCAUAUUGGGAUGUCAAGAAUACAAGAUCUAA